AUGAAGUGGCUCAAAGGCGAUGUCAGUCAUGUCACAUUUGUGGACAUAUCUUCCGCGUCAAUUGAUGUUUGCAAAGACAGAUACCACACGUUAAGAGCAAAAAACAGGCGCCGGCAAAUCUUCUCAGCUGAUUUUAUUGUACACGACUGCACAACGCCCAUCGAUUUUACGGAAAAGUUCGACUUAGUCAGCUGUCAAUUUUCUCUUCAUUAUGCCUUUGGGAGCUAUUCGCAGGUGAGUCGGCGUGCAGUCCUAGGAAAAGCUGUUCUCACAUCAGCCCCUAUUUCAGUCUACCUUCCAAUUGCUUACCAGUUUUGGCUUUGUGGGUCUCCGUCUACUUGUCCUUUUUGAUAAUAACUGUAGAUAUCCACGCUUUGUAGUGUACACGAUCCUAGCUUAUAUAACCGAGAUGCGAUUCCCCUAAGAUCAGUACCGUUUGUGGUAUUCACCCCUAUAAUUUGGCACUUCCAUGAACUUCUCCCUCCUUUUCUCCUUUGUCUGUUUCCUGUCUAUUUACCUGUUUUUUUAUUACUUUAAGGCGAGUUCAAUGCUCCGGAACAUUAGCUCUGCACUUAGUGAAAAUGGUUUUUUUGUUGCCACGCUUCCAAAUGCCUACGAGCUAGUUCGUCGUUUUAACCAAGUUAAAACGACUACAGAAGGACCCGUAACAUUUGGAAACUCGGUGUACUCCAUCAAAUUUGACGUCAACGGCCCUACUCGUGAGCCUAAUGCGCUACCCCUUUUCGGUGCCCGUUACACAUUCCAACUUGAGGGUGUUGUCGAUUGUCCAGAAUAUCUUGUUCAUCCACUUUUACUAAAGACAAUGGCCACCGAACUCAAUUUGACCCAUUUAGUUGGUCCUCUAUCAUUUCCGAAGCACUUACAAGAUGAGACACAACGCAAUCAGGCAUCUUUUCAUCUGCUCUCUAUUAUGGAUGCCCUGGAGAGUUGGACUGAUCCCUCUCAAGCUCAGUUAGGCCAUUCUGCUCGUCGUGGUCAUACGGAUGACGGCUAUAAAAGGAAGAUGCGCCGUACUCGCCGUUCACCCUCCCGCGAUAGAAGUCCGAUAGGAUGGCGACCGCGCAACACAGCCUCAGAUCACUCCGACGACCUUCCGCCUAACUGCGGCUCCGUGGAACGUUCAGUGCAUGAUUCUGUCGACCCUUCUAGUGGUCAAAAUUGCCGGCAUGGAAACAGUCUAGACAACAGGCAAUUUUUUUAUGACAAUCAACCUUUGCACACACAUUAUCCUCGUGACCGAAACCAUGAUGAUCGCAAGGAUGCUGCCUGGCGUCCAGAUGACCGUCCCGGUGCUCGUGAUGAUAGAUUCAGCUCGUCACAUUCUCCCGCCCACAGUCGGUUGGAUACAUAUAACUCACCUACCAUGUCUAACCACUGCCCUCUGGCUGGUUCAUCGGAGGCUGGUGCCUAUCGCCACGUUGAAGAAGCAGUUAAAGGUCGCCUGGCUACCACCAACCAGCUCAUCGGCACAAUCUCCUAUCCCGAGUGGGAGGUAUUCAGUCUGUAUUGUAUAUUUGCAUUCCAGAAAACAAAGACGUAA